UCUCUCUCUCUCUCUCACUCUCACACACACACACACAUACACAUUUUCAUCUCUAAAUUGACUAAGUUUCUAUGUUCAAUCCCCUCUUAGAUAUGAGUUUCUUAAAAGGACUGAUCGAAACCCUGGGAUCUCUAUUCGCCAAUUCUUCUUCUUCUUCUUCUUCUUCUCCGAUUGAGUUUCGGAAAAACCCUAACAAUCGAGCGAUGGGCGUGGCUAUUGGGAACGAACGGAGUGCUGGUAAGUUGAAAGGCUACUUUGAUUUGGCCACAGAAGAGAUCGCCAAGGCCGUUAGGGCCGAAGAGUGGGCUUUGGUGGACGAUGCCGUUUUGCACUACGAGAAGGCCCAGCGGAUAUUGAUCGAGCACAAAACACGCGUUUCUGGUUUAAAUGAGAUUUCAACUUCGAAUCUUGUUAGCCACAAAAAACAACUUCAUGGUUUGAACUAUAAAUAUGGGUCUUUCUCUCAUUUUCGUGCUCACAGACCACACUCGAACAGCCCCUCUGUUCUCUUCUCUCUCCUCUGCAACUCUCUUAGCAACGACUCUCUCUUCUCUCUCUCAGCACCUCUCUCUUCUCCGGAGCUGUCAACGACUCUGUUCUCCUCUCUCUCUCUCUCAAAGACGGAGGGGCUUCCACUCACAGAUCGACGAAGAAGAAGCUUCCAUUCGCUGUGAAG